UGCCUCCAAUUCAUGCUCUCUUAGCAAUGGAUAGUUGUUCUAUAAAAACACCCUUGCCCAUAAAGCAUCAGCUGAUUUAUUGGCUUUUGUCAGUCUGAUAGGUGAAAAGUGGUACCUUGCUGUAGUUUUCAUUUGCAUUUCCCUUCGGGUGAGUUAGAUUCAGCAUUUUUCACGUUUGAGUAACUUGUGUUUUCUUUUCUAUAAAACUGUCUCUUCAUAUCUUUUGCCAUUUUUGCCAUUGCUUUUUGCUUAUUCAUUUGCAGGAACUCUUUAUAGAUGUGGGAAAUUAGCCAUUUGGCUAACAAACUGCAAAUAAUUCUUCCUAGUUUGUCAUUCAUCCUUUGACUUUGCUCAUUGUGUUUUUACCAUGGGGAUAUAUAUUUUUUUAUUCUUACGUGCUUGAAUCUGUCAUCUCUUGAUGACUCCUUGGUUUUGUGUCAGACUCAGAAAGGUCUUUCCCACUCCAAGAUUAUAAAAAUUUUUCUGUGGUGUCACUUGGUAAUUAUAUAUUUCCACGUUUUUAACAUUUAAUUUUUUCUCUUUUUGGCAGCUAUUUUGGGGUAUAGUGUGAUCUUACUCUGUUCUUUUUAGAUGGCUUCCCAACGUUCCCAACUCUCUCUACUGAGAAUUUGUCCUUUAUUCAUUUGAAAUGCUAUUUUUAUCAUAUACUAAAUUUUCUUUCUGUAUUUGGAUCUAUUUCUGAAUUUUUUGCUUAUUUUCAUUUAUCUAUCUGGUCUUAUAUCAGCAACAUAGCACUCUAAAGACCACAGUUUUAUAUUAUAGUAUGUUUUUGUUUGUUUGUUUGUUUGUUUUAGAGACAGUCUUGCUGUGUCGCCCAGGCUGGAGUGCAGUGGCACGAUCUCGGCUCACUGCAAGCUCCACCUCCUGGGUUCACACCAUUCUCCUGCCUCAGCCUCCCAAGUAGCUGGGACUACAGGUGCCCGCCACCAGCCCAGCUAAUUUUUUUGUAUUUUUAGUAGAGACAAGGUUUCACCGUGUUAGCUAGGAUGGUCUCGAUCUCCUGACCUCGUGAUCCGCCCACCUCGGCCUCCCAAAGUGCUGGGAUUACAGGCAUGAUCCACCGUGCCUGGCCUAUAGUAUGUUUUAAUCAUGAACUUUGAGAGUCUCUGGUUCCCCUGGGUCCUGAGGAGGGGAGGACAGAGAUGCUUAGGACAGGGUGAAAGGGAGCCAUUCACAGCAGGCUGGGUGCUGAGUAGAUCUGGUGCUCAUGUGGGGACCUUCCUCCUCCUCCCCAGUCUGCCAAAAUCUCCUGUUUCCCAGAAAUCUCUCCCAGGUGAGUGUUCAGGAGAAACUGAGGUACCCAGGAGGUUAGGGAGCAGGCUGAAGGGUUCUUGGGAGCUUUACAGUAAACAGGAGGCCCUUUCCCUGAGAUGCCCCCCUUCCUGCCCCGCCCAUCACCCUCUGUGAGGUGUUUUGGUCAUAGCUCACACCUCCCCAGGCUGCCCUGAGCACACUGCACUGCUCUUGUGUCCUCGCCUGACUCCCCUGCCUCAGUGGCAGCAGCCCCCAGCCCAGGACCUGCACAGAGGAGGCGUCUGUCAGCGACCCAACCUGAGCCCCAGAGAGGAGCACUGGGUACCACACGGCCCCAAGGCAAGUUACUGGCUGGGCUGGGGCUGGGGCUUCUGCCUCCUACAAGGCUCCAUCAGCCUCUGCUUGCCAUCUGCUAUGUCUACUUCAUCACCUCUCCUGGUGAAUUCAGACUUCUCUCCAUGCACUGGCCCCAGCUUUAUGGUUUUUCCUGGUGUCCAGCCUCUGUCCCUCCAGCAGCACCUUAAGGAAGGCGCAUUCACUGAGCACCUCCUGUGUGUGCCAGGCACUGCGUUCACCAUAACAGCAGUAACCAUCCUUUAUCGGGUGCUGACCACAUGUGUCAGGCACCUUUCACUCAGAAUUUCACAAUCAUUUCACUCCUCACAAUAAUCCUGUUCCCAUGGUAUCAUGCUCACUUUUUAAAAUGAUAUCACUGAGAUUUAGUAAGCAUUUUCUUCUGGCCAGCCGUUGUACUAAGCAUUUCACUUGCAUUUCCUCAUUGAUCUUCCCCAACCCCCUUCCAGGUUGGUACUCACUAUCCCUAUUUCACAGCUCUGGAAAAGUCCCAGGAGAGGAUGUGGAAAGAUCCCCAGUAGGUAGCAGAGCCAGGAUUUGACUGAAGACUGUGAUUCAAGUGAGGCUCUUAACCCUGGGCCAACUGUCUGCCGUUUGGACUGCAAAACCCAGAGGUCAGAUACCCCUAAGAGGCCAGCUGUUGCACCUCUGCAAGGCGGGGUUCCACAUCCUCUCGGGUCCCAGCACCUAGGCCAAACUCAUUGAGUGAAUGAAAGACUCUGUUGUAUCCCCUGUUCCCACCAUUGCUAUCACAAGCCACAGUCCCAUGAGGACAGAGAACCCAAGGCCACUUUCUCAGAGGAGGACAGUGGUCUGUCUCUGGGCCUCUAGGGUGGGAUUCAUCCUUCUCAGUCAGAUUUCAGGAGCGAUGGUGGUUGCGUUGUUGGGCGUCAGUGCUAUUGCUGUAACUUAAUGAUGCAAGGUAGCGGAAGUCCCACAGACACUGAACAUGCAGUGAUGCUGCUGAGCGUGAUGAUUACCACCAAAGCAACUGUGGAACUCAGAGAUAAUAACAUUUUUAAUUGUAUUAGGGUUUGGGGAAUCAGUUUUAUUGCAAGUCAUUUCCAUUAAUAGGUAUUGUGAUGAGAUGCUCCCGGAAACCAUCCUUAACUCCCUGUGUGCAGGGCCUCCUCCCACGAUGGCCACAAGGGGGAGCUGCGCGCCGGGGGCAGCCGGGAGGAGGGGCCUGAGUGCCGAGGGCGGGGUUCUCAGGGGUUCGGAGGCGCAGCUGGGCCUCCCAGAGACUGCGCAGCCUCUCUGACACCAGCGUGCUGUCUGUCCAAGAAAGCGCACACCCCCUCACCCCCUGAGAUGGGCAGAAGGUGUUCGUUUCUGGUUCUGCCCCUUCAAAGCUCCGUGACCCAGCCAGCUGUUCCGCUCCCCGAACCUCGCUUCCCGUGUGUGAGAUGAGGAUGCUCAUGCCUUCGCGGAACCAACCUGGGGACCACGCGAAGCGCCCCCAUAGGCCCAGGCACGCCCGUGCCUCUUCCCGCCCCGAGCCCGCAUGUCACAGCCCUUCCAGCUCCUCACCUGCCUCGCUCGGGUCUCUUGGGGGAACAUUUGUUUCCAGGCUGAUGGGCUGGAAUGAAAAGCCUCCAAAGGGAAACUUCAUCCCAGGCGAGACUCAGCAUUCCCCGCCAGCGAGUGAAGGUCCCUGGGUAGGGAGCGGAGAUGCUGGCCACCGCCCCACCCUCAUCGUCUAGAAAUGCCACUGUCCCUGCUCGGUGUCAGAGGGCCCUUGGCCGCUGCUGCCUCUGGGAAAGGUUGCCUCGGGAGAAAGGGGGUGAGGGCCCUGCCAGCAGCGAGAACGGCUCCAGGGAGGCAGGGCGGCCGGCAGUGCUGUGGGAGAAGGACAGGCCUUUGGAGGGAGGUGGGAGACGAGUCUGGAGAAAGUAGGGAGACGGAGGUGGCGGCUUUGACUGACCCUUCCAGAGACUGGGAGCUGCGGGAGGCUUUGGAGGAGAGCCACAACCUGGGCUUUAGGGAGGCAUGCCUGGGGGUGUGGAGGGGGGUAGGUGGAGUGAGAUCCACAGCUAGGGGCGAGGGGCUGGGGGCCGAGGAGCCGAAAACCUGUGCCGAGCUUCGCGUGGUUGAAGAUUUCAGGUCUUACCUGUCACCAGAGAUCUCUGUCCCUUAGAGGUACCACCUCAUCCUCCGUGAGAGCUGUGCUUUGCUUUCUUCUGGAGGCUGCAAGGAGGAUGGCCCCCAUCACGGCGGACCAGGAUGCUGGGAGUCCGGGAGAGGGCAGGCCGUGGAGAUGGGGCAGGUGGUGAUGUGUUUCACCACCCACUCCUGCCUGAAGUGCCACUGUGAGCCCAGCCCAGGGUGCCAGGCUGGGCUGCACUCCAGGCUCCUGCAGCAGACCCAGAUCGGGCUGGUGGUCAUCCUGGCUUCCACGGUGGUGGCCAUGUCGGCCGUGGCCCAGCUGUGGGAGGACGAGUGGGAGGUGCUGCUGAUCUCCCUGCAGGGCACAGCGCCAUUCCUGCAUGUGGGGGCCCUGGCAGCAGUCACCAUGCUCUCCUGGAUCGUGGCAGGACAGUUUGCCCGCGCAGAGCGGACCUCCUCCCAGGUGACCAUUCUCUGUACCUUCUUCACCGUGGUGUUUGCCCUCUACCUGGCCCCUCUCACCAUCUCCUCUCCCUGCAUCAUGGAGAAGAAGGACCUCGGCCCCAAGCCUGCUCUCAUUGGCCACCGUGGGGCCCCCAUGCUGGCUCCAGAGCACACACUCAUGUCCUUCCGGAAGGCCCUCGAGCAGAAGCUGUAUGGGCUCCAGGCUGACAUUACCAUCAGCCUGGACGGUGUGCCCUUCCUCAUGCACGACGCCACCCUGCGGCGCACCACCAAUGUGGAGGAGGAGUUCCCGGAGCUGGCCCGCAGGCCUGCCUCCAUGCUCAACUGGACCACCCUGCAGAGACUCAACGCUGGCCAGUGGUUCCUGAAGACUGACCCCUUCUGGACGGCCAGCUCCCUGUCACCCUCCGACCACAGAGAGGCCCAGAACCAGUCCAUCUGCAGCCUGGCAGAGCUCCUGGAGCUGGCCAAGGGCAAUGCCACACUGCUGCUCAACCUGCGCGACCCGCCCCGGGAGCACCCCUACCGCAGCAGUUUUCUCAACGUGACUCUGGAGGCCGUGCUGCACUCCGGCUUCCCCCAGCACCAGGUCAUGUGGCUGCCUAGCAGGCAGAGGCCCCUGGUGCGGAAGGUGGCUCCCGGCUUCCAACAGACAUCAGGCUCCAAGGAGGCAGUCGCCAGCCUGCGGAGAGGCCACAUCCAGCGGCUGAACCUGCGCUACACUCAGGUGUCCCGCCAGGAGCUCAGGGACUACGCGUCCUGGAACCUGAGUGUGAACCUCUACACAGUCAAUGCGCCGUGGCUCUUCUCCCUGCUGUGGUGUGCGGGGGUCCCAUCCGUCACCUCUGACAACUCCCACACCCUGUCCCAGGUGCCUUCCCCGCUCUGGAUCAUGCCCCCGGACGAGUACUGUCUCAUGUGGGUCACUGCCGACCUGGUCUCCUUCACCCUCAUCGUGGGCAUCUUCGUGCUCCAGAAGUGGCGCCUGGGUGGCAUACGGAGCUACAACCCUGAGCAGAUCAUGCUGAGUGCUGCGGUGCGCCGGACCAGCCGGGACGUCAGCAUCAUGAAGGAGAAGCUCAUUUUCUCAGAGAUCAGCGAUGGUGUAGAGGCCUCCGAUGUGCUCUCCGUAUGUUCAAACAACAGUUAUGACACAUAUGCCAACAGCACCGCCACCCCUGUGUGCCCCCGAGGGGGUGGCAGCCGCGCCAAGACCCUCAUAGAGCGGAGUGGGCGUUAGCUGAAGACAUGUCUGUCCCACCUGUACCUGACACAGAAGCUGGGGAGCCUAGGAGAGCUGGUGGAAGUGUGUCUGAACUCGGAGUGCUCUGGGAGCGGGCUCCACAGCCUCCUUGUGGGCUCCAGCCCCUUGUCAGCCGCAGCCUCUCUUGAGGGGGACUCCCUGUCCCUUGAGGCCCAGCUGUGCCAGGACUCCAUCCUUUCAGAUGCCCCUGCAGGCCUGGGGCUCCUUCUGGGAAGUAUGGGGCCUAGGACUUGGUCCCCCUCUUCUGAGGCCCUCUCCUGUAUCCCGACCUGGAAGCUUUGAUGGGUCAUGGGCCAUGCCAUGCCCCCUGUGGCAAUGGGGUGUGCGGAUGCUCACCUGUGCCGUCUGUCCUCCUGUCUGUGCCACGAGGCACCUGAGUUCUCUGCUGUUAUCCUGCCCCAAGGGCCUGGGCCAAGCCUCUACCUGAAGCAACUCUGCUCUUCCUGUCAGUCUCAAAGCACAAGGAGGUUCGGCCCAGGAGGAAGCCAGCUGCAAUGUGGAGACACAUCCUCCUCCCCAACCCACCUCAUGCCACUGCCAACCCCCUGCCCCAGGAACGGGCCUGAGCCACAUCCCCUAGGAGCAGCUGGAGAUGGCCAGAAGAGUGAGCUCAGGACUACUGGAUCCCAUGCCCAGGUGUCCAGCAGACCUCAAGGCAGAAGGGUCACUUAACCCAGGAGUCCACAGACUGAUGUGACCUCAGGUUUCCACAUCAGUGGCCACAGGGCAGGGCCCACCUAGUAGAAGUGUUCUGGACAUGGUCAGGGUGGGUGUGUGGCUAAGUAGGCCUGCACAGAGGGAACCCAAGGGCCUUGGCCAAUGUGAUUAAAGCUGCCAUCUUGA